CAGCGUGCAGCGUGGGAGUGUAGAACUCAACAAAACACAUAUGACAUACCUCGUUCCCAGUCGCGGGAAAACCCUAAUUCCUCCUCUCUCAUUCUCAUGCUCAAUGCAACCGGAACCCCGCAGAGAUCUUGCAGCUGAGAAGGCACUCGACGUCAAGAUUGGUUCUGACUUCUGAUCAUCAUUCCGACACUGGCUCAGUUUGGCGCUUAAGUUCCCGCCAACACAGAGUUCAAUUCAAUCUCUUAUUAUUCUCAACGUGAAUGCUCAAGGAGAUAAAAUCCAGAGCUUUGAUUGAUCUGAAAUAAUGGCAUUUAUGACCAAUAUGUUCAGAAACACAAUGGGAUGUUUGGGGCUUAGGUUAGGCUAUAGAAGGUGGAUUCAUUCUGUUCGAUCUGCUCCUUUGGAGAGGCUAAUUGGCAGUUCAACUGAAACACCAUGUGUUUUACCUGAAUUCAACAAAGAUUUGGAAAGCAAGCUUGAUAUCAUGCUUCCCAAAUUCGCUUUUGGUGCCUCCAUGGAACUCAUGGCUGUCCCAAAGAAAAAGGUGUCUCCUCAUAAGAAAGGUAUAAGAAAUGGACCAAAGGCUUUGAAACCUAUACCAGUAAUAAUUCGCUGCAAGAUUUGUGGUCGAGUUAAGUUGCCACACUUCUAUUGUUGCAGUGGAAUUAAAGAGAUGCCAGGUAACAAGACUGGUUCCUCAAGUUGAUAAGCUUCUAUGGCAAGUCAAGCAAAUUUAAGGCAGAUAAAAAGGAGCUUAUUCACUUGCACUUUCUUAAGUUUCUCAACACCUGGAGGAUAUGAAUUGUAGUAUCAGUCCAUGUACCUAGUUGACUGUUCAGCAUAACAGAUUAGGUGCUACCAAUAAUAUUUUUGCUUUUAGCAUCUGUAUGCAUGUGUGUGCUGCCAUGGGGUUGGGUAUACAGCUCUCUCACCAUUCUACUCUCAUCCAAGCCUUAUCCCAACUAUAUGGUGUCGGCAACUUGAACAUGGAUCCUGUUUCACCAUUCUGUCUAUUAAAUGCCUAUCCAUUGUUAAAUUA